AGCGAAGUCCCAGCUUGAGCAUUUCGACAUUUGAGAGCUCGGAGGACGAGAAGGAGGUUCUCUGCCUGCCUUUGUCCAAAACCUGUUGAACUUCGGUCUGGUUGCUUCGUGUCCUCGCUCGCUGGGCUCCAUCACCCUUGAGCCUUUCCUGAAAAGGGACCGAGACUGGAGUGGAGAACAGCCGAACUGAACCGUCUGUGCGUCCCUCGUCCCGUUGCACAACGACCAAGCCAGGCGAGAUCCAGUUUCUCCAGCCCUUUGCCCCUGGACACGGGCUAAGGGGGGUCCAAGUGGAGAAGGGACACGCACUGACCGUUCAAAUCACGGGGAGAUGGAUUUGUGGUACUUCGCCGUGCUGCUUCUCAUCUCUGGCCCUGCAGCCAUGACGACCAGUGUGUUGAAUUCCUUGGGAUGUGUUCCGGAGCCCAUCAGCAGAGACCAGGCGGUCAACGUCUUCUACACAACCAGUGUGGUGGCCAACGGUUGCGAGGCCCGCGGUCCGAUCGAUCCCGAGCUGGAGGUCCAUGUUCUGAAUCUGAAAUACAGCAGAUCCCAGAUGUCCACUCUCCAGCUCAACGUCUCUUCGGGGGCAGCCAGAGGCGACUGCAAAGCCAUCUUCGUUCUGAACUCCAACAGCAGCUUCGUCCUGACAAUCCAUUCAGACGAAGAUUGCCACCCCGUCGUCAUUCACAGUUCUCGUAGCUACGUCAUGCCUCCUUUCAACCAUAACUCCACCGAAAUCCUCCUACCUUACUCCAGCAAGCAACUUUUGAGGUGGGCCAAGGAAACGUACGGUGGGGUCUCUUCCUUCGCGGAGUUGGAAGAUCCUCAACGGAUUCUGUUCCAAGUAGGGAGAGCGCCCAGCGCAAACGAAGAUUGCCUCUUGGCGCAGAAUUUCAACGCCGAGUCGUAUCUAGAGGUAGAAGUCCAUUCCCACAAGGUGGAGAUGUGCCUGGAUUCCCACAAAGAAUCUGGAAACGUGGGUCACAUCCUGUGGCUGCAACAGAGUCCACCGGGCGAGACUAGGAUGCAGACGGUGGAAGUGAACGUAAAAACGGUUUGCAAGGACGGCCGUUCGGAGCAGAAAGCGGAGAUGCCCUUGACUUUGUGGCUGAAGAGCCACCAAAACAUGCUGUGGAAAAUGGGCCACGGGUUUUCAUUCUUGCAACUCUUGGCAUCUGGUAAAUAUUCAUUUGCUACCUUGUCUGGGGUCCACAACGGUAUGACCCUUCCAGACAACAAGGAGGAACUGAUCCAAAAGGCCCGCAACAAUUCCUUCGUGGCUUCCUACACCGAAAUCCCUUCGGCCAAAACCAUCAGCCUGGAAUACAAGAGGAUUUGUGGCUCAACUGUCGUCACAACUACCCCACCACCCCAGACAGCGGAAAACCUGACCGUCAAAGUCCAUCAGCUCAUCAACCUUUGCAAGCCGUGGAAGUGUUUGGAUAGUAGCAUCGAAAUUGCCAUUCUCAAGAUUACUCUGGCGGCCUUACAUACGGAGGUCGAUGCCAUCACCUUGAAAGAUCCCAGCUGCAGGGCCCGAGAGAACACAACUCACUUUGUGCUUAACAGCAUCUUGGACAAAUGUUCCACCCAACUUGAAGGGGGUGUCCAUGUGAAAAACCAGCUCAUAAUAAUGCUGCCUGUGUUUCCGGGAAAAGUGACGGUGCCCUUUGAAUGUGAUCUCCCAGAGAAAGUCUCUCUCCAGCUUUACAACUCGGAAGAUUUCGCCUCGCCGAGCAAUCCGGUGAUACAAGCUCACCAAGUCACCUAUGUGGAGGUCUCGCUCCGAACCGCCAUGACACAGUUUUCUCUAGAAAUGGAGGACUGUUUCUUAAAACCCCGAGACAACCCGCCUCAGCUGCUCUUCCACCAAGGGGUCUCGAUGAGCUACUCGGUGGCGACCCUGAAAUCCCCCAGCCCGAAGACCCAACGCUUCAGCUUCACCUACAAGCCAGAAGAAGAACUGUGGUCCAUCGAUUCGGCCACCCUGGUUUGCGUGGUCCAUCUUAACACCUCGAACGGCAAAUUCCGAAGCCACGAAGGCUCUUUAGAAGUCAUGCUGAAAAACUACAACCCUGGUUCCCACAAUGAAGGCUUGAGGAUUAGCACCGUGCUGGGAAUCGCCUUCGGGGCUUUUCUGAUCGGAGUCCUGCUCACCGGGGCGUUGUGGUACAUCUAUUCUCACACUCGUCCCAUCACCAAAACCCAACCAGCCUUGGCAAAUCCGCCUGCAUCGGAGAGCAGCAGCACCAACCACAGUUUGGGCAGCACCCAGAGUACCCCCUGUUCCACCAGCAGCAUGGCAUAGCAGCACCCUGGAAACGGGGGAAAGCCACAAGGACUUCUCAGAGGGAAAAGCUAUCAGGGACUGCAGAGCAGUUGGGUUCCAAGCUUGGUGAGGAAGCGUCAUCUCCAUGCCAAGCGGACUUCGGUUCUUCCUCUUCCUACGUCGAAAAUCUCGGCAUUUCCAACCAGCAAUUUCAAAAGCAACUUUUUGGAAACCAUCGGGAUGGAUUGAGGGGCACAGGGGUCCCACUAUCUUAAUUUGGGACUAGCCAUCGGAUCCCCAUUGAUGUGCCGAGGUCUUCAAGAUUGGACUGUUGGAUUAGACUCUUCUCGUGUUAGGCACCAGGUAGUGAGUGGGAGGACAGGUGGCGGAAUUCAAAUUUUUUUUUUCCUACCGGUUCUGUAGGCGUGGCAUGGCUUGGUGGGCGUGGCAGGGGAAAGAUAUUGCAAAAUCCCCAUUCCCACCCCACUCCUGGGGAAGGAUCCUGCAAAAUCCUCAUUCCCUCCCCACUCCAGGGGAAGGAUAUUGCAAAAUCCCCAUUCCCUCCCCACUCCAGGGGAAGAACACUGCAAAAUCUCCAUUCCCUCCCCACUCCAGGGGAAGGAUACUGCAAAAUCUCCAUUUCCUCCCCACUCCAGGGGAAGGUUACUGUAAAAUCUCCAUUCCCUCCCCACUCCAGGGGAAGGAUACUGCAAAAUCCCCAUUCCCUCCCCACUCCAGGGGAAGAAUACUGCAAAAUCUCCAUUCCCUCCCCACUCCAGGGGAAGAAUGCUGCAAAAUCUCCAUUCCCACCCCAGCCAGAGGUGGUAUUUGCUGGUUCUCCGAACUACUCAAAAUUUCCGCUACCGGUUCUCCAGAACCUGUCAGAACCUGCUGGAUUUCACCCCUGGUUGAGCCUCUAUGGACUUUUGCUAAUUUGUUAACCAGAGUGGCAGCUAACCUCGCUUCCAAAAGAAACCAGGAUAAACUAGAUUUGGGGAGGUUUGCUUUGUCUCCUGUCUAAAACCCUUGAGACAAAAGUAUUGUCUGAAUCAGGAAUCCCUCCCAAGAUUGAAAAGUGUUUACCUUCUCGUGGGCCCGUCCUCCAGCUCUCAAAGUCCAACUUCGGUGGUGGGCCAAGGCUUUGGCCCAUCAGCUACAGAGGUCUUCCAAGGUGCCAUCAAAUCCAGAUAACGCCAGGAAUUUCUGUUCCCCUUUCUGAUGGAUUUGGAGUUGACCUUUCAGCGGGAUGCACCCAACUCGGAUUCCCAUCAACUUUCAAGAGUGAAGACGCUGGGGAUCAUGGGAAUGAGUGCCCACCUGAAAAAUAGCCACUUUCUCUUUAAGAGAACAGCAAAGGGACCCCUCCUCUUAAGAUUGGCAUGGCUGCCACCUUUCAAGAUAGAAGAAGCUAGUGUUGAGCAGGGGGUCAGACUAGAAGGCCUCCAAGAUCCCAUUAUUUAGUUAAGUCAAAGAGUUAAUGCAGGAGGGCAGCCCCCCCCCCCAAGAUAAUGGCAAAUCAUAUCCCUGGAUUUUGGAGUACAUCCGCACCCCGCUUCGUUGGGUUUUCACACACCAUGGGCCGCCCCGAGAAUUAAUCCAAAUUAUACUCACUUCAGCCGGUUUGUGUGAAAAGAGCCAAUAGGUUUUUAGCAUUCCUCCUCGUUGUAAAAGGACACGGGGGCCACCUCUGUUCUGAAAAGACGUAUAAUUGUACGUAUAUAAAUAACUAUACAUAGAAUAUAUUUUGUAAACUGUAUACAGGGAAAUAAUACCGCGCCUACUCACCGUU